UGCGGCUGGACAGACUGGAUGGUGCACUGAGAGGUACUAACAUUUAGGGCAGUAUACACACAAUGAGGAAUGCCCAGAAUCAGGGGCGGACUGACAACUCAUGGGGUCCCCGGGCAAUAGGGGAUCAUGGGGCCCCUGUGUCCUCGCCCACACUCAAACCACACCCAAAAAAGCCUAUGAAAGGUACCAGGGGCAUCUCAUGGGGCCCCCUACUGACCCCGGGCCCUCGGGCAGUGCCCGAGUUUCCAAAU